AUGUCGCCGUCGUCGACGGGUGAUUCGCCUCUUUCCGCCGGCGCAGCGAGCAAUUCGGGGCGGCCUUUUCCCUUACCCUCGAGAGAGACAUUCUCUAUUGAGGUUCCCUCGCCGCAGCUUAACCCGGCCACCAACGGCUCAGCGCUAAAGUCUCCGACGGCCGUCAACAAGGCCCAGCGCACUGCAAGUUUCAGCCGGGAAGGAAUAUUAGGUUCGGCACAAAAAGCUCGGAACCUUUCUCAAACGUCUGAGAUCCGUACUGAGCAAAUCACCAAUGGCAUGUCGAAAGCAUCUAGCGACGAAGGGGGAAACCCGCUAAAGAGGCGGAAUACGGAUGCGACUGUUGACUACCCUCGGAGACGAGCCACCAUCGCGUGCGAGGUUUGCCGUUCUCGGAAAUCAAGAUGUGACGGCACGAAACCAAAAUGUAAGCUUUGUACGGAACUCGGGGCUGAGUGUAUAUAUCGAGAGCCCGGGAUCAAGCUUGACGCCGGCGACAAGCUCAUUCUCGAGCGACUGAAUCGAAUCGAGAGCCUUCUUCAAAUCAACCUGACAAACGGUCACCCGAACGCAAUGCAGAUCACCCACGAUUCCCCGCCCAUAAGUAACGGGACUGCUCUUAGCGGCGAUAAUGUCAUGAUUCAAAACUCAUCCGGUAACUUUGUCUCUAUUAUACCGAGCGGUGGCUUAGGUACUUGGACAAGUCAUCCCCAAGGUACUAACAUCUCUACGAUGCCUAAAGUUCACACCAACGCUGCGCUUCACCUGCUUCAAUGGCCAUUGAUUCGGGAUCUGAUCGGACGACCGUACGACCCGCAGAUUAUUCUACAGCUCGAGAUGGCUCGGGAGCCACUACAUUCCUUGGCUAAGACGCCCUGUGUCGAUUUAUCAAAUACUAAUGCUUACAUCGAAGCCUACUUCGAGAGAGUGAACGUAUGGUAUGCCUGCGUUAAUCCUUUUACUUGGAGGAGCCAUUAUCGUACGGCGUUAUCGACUGGAUUUCGCGAAGGUCCAGAGAGCUGCAUCGUGCUACUAGUACUUUCACUCGGCCAGGCAAGCUUGCGAGGUAGUAUAUCCAGGAUUGUGCCUCAGGAGGACCCUCCGGGCCUGCAAUACUUUACGGCUGCAUGGUCACUCUUACCCGGCAUGAUGACUGCGAAUAGCGUUCUGGCUGCUCAGUGUCAUUUAUUAGCCGCUGCUUAUCUUUUCUACUUGGUACGGCCGCUGGAAGCGUGGAACUUGCUAUGCACGGUGAGCAGCAAACUACAACUAUUACUUAUGACCCCGACUCGCGUACCGGAAGACCAAAGAGAACUCUUAGAACGAAUUUACUGGAACGCUCUCCUUUUCGAAAGCGACCUUCUCGCGGAAUUAGAUUUACCUCAUUCCGGAGUAGUUCAAUUUGAGGAAAACGUUGGACUUCCCGGUGGAUUUCAAGGAGAAGAAUCCGAAGCAGUCGGUCGAGAUGAUCUCUGGUAUUUCUUAGCUGAAAUCGCCCUAAGAAGGCUCCUCAAUCGAGUUAGCCAACUCAUUUAUUCCAAGGAUUCCAUGGCUUCAACUACGAGUCUAGAGCCUGUCGUCGCGGAGCUGGACUUUCAGCUUACGCAAUGGUACGAAAGUCUCCCUUUGGCCCUUCAAUUCCCGUUCACCCGUACGACUCUACCGGACCCGGUGCAAACGGUGCUACGAUUACGUUUCUUUGCUUGCCGAACCAUUAUCUACCGUCCGUAUAUCUUGGCGGUGCUGGAUAACGAACAGGCCGUAUUAGACCCCUCAGUACGGGAUAGCUGUCACAAGUGCCUCGAAGCCUCAAUCAGGCAAUUGGAGCACAUAUCUGCACAUCACGCCGGCCAUAUGCCCUACCUCUGGCAGGGCGCUCUCUCUAUCGUUUCGCAGACAUUACUGGUUAUGGGGGCUACCAUGUCACCGUCUCUGUCUAACAUACUAUUAACACUCGUACCUCACCGUGAAGUCAUAGAUCAAAUCAUCAAUGACGUAAUUAUGGACAUCGAGAGGAUGGCAAUACUGGCGCCCAGCUUGAGUUUGGCUGCCGAGAUCAUCAAAGAGGCCGAGGUCCGCAGGCGAACAUUCCUGAAUGGUUGA